UUCGAGUAGGUUGGUUGUGCACAUCUAAAGAAAACCUUUACCAGCUUUGGAAAUUUUAAUCCUAGUUUUAGUAACAAGUGUGUUGGGUUGAAAUCAUCACAUCCGAACCUAUAUAGCUUCGCUAUUAAACUUGUGAGCAUUUUUUGAGAUUAGACAGAUAGAAUGGCUGGACCAUUUUUAUCUCCUCUGCCCGGUGACUUACUAACGGAGUAUAUGUUUGGACGUCGGCGCCAACGACGGAAUAGAACCACUUUUACACCCCAACAGCUACAGGAAUUGGAAACUCUUUUCCAGAAAACACACUAUCCGGAUGUGUUUCUACGAGAGGAAGUCGCCUUGAGAAUUAGCCUUAGUGAGGCACGAGUGCAGGUGAAACAAAAUCUAGUUUGGUUUCAGAAUCGUCGGGCAAAGUGGAGGAAGCAGGCGAGGCUACAACUUUUGCAGGAUGCAUGGCGUAUGCGUUGUUUGGGUAUAAGUUCGUCUCAAUUAGUAGUUGAUUCGCAGAAUUCCCCAGCACCCAACAACAAUAAUUCGGCUGGUAAAAAGCCUGACGAAUCGGAUUCCUCUCCAAAGGAAUCUGAAUUUACACUGAUGCAUCCAGCAUUUCAAGGAUCCAAUAAUUGCCUGAGUAAUAACCCCUCCGACGAAGGAAAACGUGUCAAUGCUGGUCAUCCCAUCUAUCCAUUAAAUCAUACUAACUUAGAAAGUGCGGCAGCUAUGAGAGAUAAUCGUCCUUUGUAUGACCCCAUUCAAGCUGAAUCGCGAAUCUCAACGCAUCCUGAUGAUUCUAACGGUAGCGAUCUGUCGGAUGGGUCGGAAGAGAUUGACCUCACCACCAAUGGGGGAUGUAUCGAUUACUCGAGCAGCAGCGCAAACAAGAAUUAGGUUAUUCGUAGUAUUACAGAGCAUUUGUAUAUAAACACAGUUGAAAACAAGUACUUGUAGAUUCAAUUUAUCUCUAUCUUCAACUGGUUAUCUUCAAGUGGAGUUAUAAAUAAACUGGUCUUAUUUCCUUUCUUGACACAAA